CAUCACCAUUUUAGCACAUAUACAUAUACAUAGAAAGAAACAGAGAAAUAACGAACAAUAUGGCAUUAGAAUGGGUAGUUCUAGGCUACGCUGCGGCAGCAGAGGUGGUGAUGGUAAUCCUUUUAACACUUCCAGGUACAUACCCUUUACGUAAAGGUCUAAUAUCCGUUACACGAAACCUUCUCAAGCCUUUUCUUUCAGUGGUUCCGUUCUGUGUCUUCUUGUUAUUGGACAUUUACUGGAAAUACGAGACUCGUCCGAGGUGUAAAUCGGCCGAGUCUUGUACCCCGACGGAGCUGAUGCGACACCAGAAAUCCGUCGUGAAAAGCCAGCGUAAUGCGCUGUUGAUUGCCGCUGCGCUGAUGUUUUAUUGGUUGCUUUACUCUGUGACGCGGUUGGUUACCCGAGUUGAAAUGUUGAAUCAGCGAGUUGAGAAGUUGCAGAAUCAGGAAUAACUCGAUGACAAAAUAUUUUGUUUGGUUCCUUUGUAAUAGUAUGGAGUUCUUUCUUGAUCCUUCUUCUUUUCCUUUUCCUUGUUUUAGUUAUUCUCUUUUUUGGUAAUGAUUAUGAGUGUAUUAUUAGUAUUAGUUA